AUUUUUGUUACAGAUCUUUGGAUAUUUGUGAAAGCAACAAACAAGAAUUGUGUCAGCGUUUUUUGCUUGAAUUGACAUCAGAAUUUAUAUACAUACAUAUAAACACACCCCAUUGUAAUUUUCAUUCUGUGGAAAACACACCCUGAAAAACUUAAAAUAGUAGUGCCUGUGACUGGUGAGUAAGUGCUAUAGUGGUUGGUGACUUUGUGUAAGUAUUUGUGCGGUGCAUUUUAUUAUAUAUAGUUGGUGUUGGGUAGAAAACCUAACUUAAAAAUAUACUACACACAUCUGCAUUAUCCAAUAUGAGAAAGAGAUUGCAGUGGGCGCUACUUGCAGUAGUUAUAUGUGUCAUCACUAGGGAUGACAAGAGUUUUGUGGACACUGCACCAGUAGGUGAAGUACCAACAUCAGAUGCGGAAGAAAAAUCACCAUCUGAUUUAAAUGAUUCAGACGUAUGGCAGUUGGAGAGUCUAAAACAUUCCAUUGGUAAAACAUUGGAAAUGAUUAAAAGUCAAUCUUCAACGUUCACGGAUAUUAAUGGGCAUCAAGAAUCACACACUAACUCCAGGACACAAGCUGAAUCUGACGGUCAACUACUAGCCAAAAUCGAUCAACAUAUCGAAAGUACCAAUGAAAAACCAUUAACAAAAAUACAUACAGAAAUUGAGGUACCCUCACAAGGUGUCCAUAAAACUAUUGUCCAAGAAAUACCAUCACAUAGCUCCUCAAACAGUGAUGGUUCUUCUUCGUCAUCAAACAACGAUGGUACCGUAAAUAAACGCCAACAUCAACAGCAUUUGCAACAUGGCCAACAGUUUAUGAAUAAAAUAGUAAGCCUCCAACAACAGAAAAACAGCAAUCAUAAUGGUAAUUCACCGUAUUAUCAACAUCAUUCAACUCCUAGUGGAGAUACUUCACAGGAUACGCAGGAUAUUAAUAAUAAUGUUGAUCCAUACACGGUAUAUUCAACAAGUGUUCAAUAUUCACCAUUGGAUAUGGCGGAAUAUGUUUUUUGGACUGGUGAUGAAAAAGGUGUGACAUUAGCAAUUGAAGAAUUUCUACGUGAUGGUUUGAUGACACGAGACGAAGCUAUUGCAUUUCUACAAGAGAUAAAGUUUAAUUUAGAAUAUCUUCAGGCACAUUAUUCACAGCAAGGUGUUCAUUCACCCGAUUUACAACGUCUUGAACAGUCAAAGGAACGGGCUUACAAUAUCCAACGUAGUGGACGUUUUAGUAAAUCAGUAACACCAAAUAUUUUAUAUACAGAUGGUGGAGAUAAUAGACAAUCCAAACAUGAAUAUGAUUUAUCUGAUUUACGUAAAGAUAUGGAGAAAAAAAGUGAUGUACAAAAUGGACCAACAAAACAAUCAAAAAUAAUUACAGUAAAAGACGCCAAUGAAGAUGUUAUCAGUGAUGAAGAAUAUGAAGUUUUAUUGGAACGUUUACGCGUUGCUGAUUUCUUAUACACACAAUAUUCAUUGGAAGAAGUUAUUUAUCAAUUAGCUAAAGUGAUGUUCUCACAAUCUUUGACACGUGGAAGUGCUGAAGCACAAGAGGCUUUACAGAAGUUCACAACAUUCUUGGAGUCUGAAACGGAACAAGGUCAUAUUUCACGGUCACUCGAGAAAAAAGUUUUAGAUGUUUUAAUUGCCGCCUUAACAGAUACAUUAACUGAACAUCCAGAAUUAGUAGCCGCAGCACGAGAAGGUUUAAGUGGCGGAAGUGCUCCACAAUUACCACCUGGUAACAAUAUGCUACAACAAAUUUUAGAAAUGACUCCAGAAGAAAAAGAAGCCGUAAAAUCAUCCUUAUAUGCAGCCUUCAAGGAACAACAGACGGUCGGACAUCAUAAACAACAUGACCAACAAACACAACAUGAGAAUAAAAUUGCUUCGCAACAUUUAAAUCGAUCCAAUAAACCAAUAUUAUCUUCGGCGUCUUCGGCUAUUGAUAAAAUCUAUAAAACACCAUAAAGUUUUGAAAAAAACUUGAACCAAAAAAAAUCAACUAAAAAAUGUUUAUUAUAAUUAGUUUAAACAGAUAUUAUAUUCAGGUGUAUGAACCUGGCACCUUUAUAGAGGUGCUUACCUUCUUUGCUGGGUAUAAAAUCCGUUAAGAGUAGCACUGAUUGUAGUUACAGAUAGUAGAGACACCUAUUGUGAAAAACAAAUGACUAAUAAAAUAAUAAAAAUUAUUGAAAUGCGCUGAUAUAGAUGUCGUUACCAUUUUUACUUACAUGCAAGGUUUCUUGAGUCAAUAAAGACUAGAUCUAUUCAAUAGACUGAAAACUGGGGGGGGGGGGGGGGUGCUAGUUCAUACACCUGAUUAUAUUAAUUAUUAUAUUAAGUGUUAUAUUCAAAAGAUAUAUUUUAACACGUCAUAUUAUUAAAAAACAACCUAAAAAAAUACAUAUUUAAAAAUUAAUUCCUUUAUUAAUUAAAGCAGUAUUUUUACAGAGUGGUCCAAAUAAAAGUAUCACGAUUUUUAUCAGGACCCUGUUGUUCAUGCAAAUAAGUUAUUUCAUUGAUUUUUAUGGAAAAGAGACUGAUAACACUGUUGAAAAUCAAGGCAUAUUCGGAAUGGACUUUUGUGGUCACAACAUUUGUAGCAAAAAUUUGAAUUAUUGUAAAAUUGCAUAUUAGCCAUCCAGAACAGGUGUGCUUAAAUUAGUAGCAGAAAUCAAAAAUUUUCGAUUUUUGUCUCUCAAAGUUAAAAAUAAAAGACAUAAUAAAAGUUUUCUCUGAUAACAAUCGAUUCCCCUUUUAUAAGGAUCACCUGUAUUUUUUGACCUCUUUAUCUUAAAAUUAGUUACCUUAAAAUUGUUUUCUGGUUCCAUACUGAAAAUCUUGAGAAAUAAAGUUUUUAAUAAUUUUUGAGUGGGUUGUUUGGACUCAUUUAUUAAAAAAAUAAAUGAUUUAAUCCAGAAGGUCCUGAACUUACAGAUAGAAAAAAAACUAAGCGAAAUGGCAUCGUAUAUUUAAAAACGUAGACUAUGCAUAAUUAAAUUUUUGCUUAUUUUUAUGAACCAUUCUUCACUGAAGUAUAUCGAUUAUAAAUACAGAAACGAUUUCUGCAAGAUAACGUUAAUAGCUUUAUAUGAAUAACAAUUUGCAGUCUCAAAAAAAAACAAUUUGCACUUAUUUCAAAAAAGCAUAGAAGAAGGUUUUCUGGUUCUGAAAGUAAAUAAUGUUACAAACAUAUUUGACCUAAAAAAUACAAAACACAAAUAUUUUAAUAAAUAUAAAUCCUAGACAAAAAAUUUUGAAAAAUUUCACCCACAAAAAUAAAGUUUUCACCAAAGCGCUAAAAAAAUUAUAUCAAAAAAUUAAAGUGCCUUCAAUUGUAUGGUUAAGAAAUAUUAAACUUUGUAGCUUCAAAAUACAACCAUGCAAAUAAUAAACUACUUUACCUAGAAAGUCCUAAUUCCAAAUAUAUCCCAAAGUUCAGGAACCUUUUUCGAAAAGAUUACAUAUUCAAAAAAAUAAUAUUUCGAAAAUGUGGAACCAUGAAAAACAUCUUAAUUGUUCUUUAAUUCUUUGUUGUUUAGUUUCCUUUAUCAGAAAAAUAAAUUUUCCUAAUUGUAAAACAAAUAUUUAAAGGUGUUUUAUAUACAGUGAUAGAUAAAAUAAAACUCAAUACCUUGGUCACAUUCACCAACCAGGAUUUAAUACCCACAAUAUUUGUACCAGAAAAUUUAUAAACAAUAUUUUUGUGCCCAAAAAUAAAUCUAUCACUGAUAAUAAUGUAUUUUUCAACUGUGAUUUGUAUAUUGAUAUACAAAAUGUAGUAAAAUUCCUGGUAAAUUCAAAAAUUGGGUUACAAAACUCAAUUUUUGACCACAUCGGAUUAGUAAAAAUUUUGAAGGAUUUAUUGUCUUCAAUGCAUAUAAAUUUAUUAGCUAAAUGAAUCUGAAACCUUUACUUUUCAAUAUAGGAUAGGUAGGUUGGGCGUUGACAAUACGAAAUAGGUUCCGAUUGUAGGGAGAGAAUUAUAAGACAGAUAUUUGGUCCGAUUUGAUAUAAG